GAAAUAACACCUAUUGCAGGGCGGAAGUGACGGAGGGUUUCCGCUGCUGGGAGAUGUGAUGCCCUUCUUGGUUAAUGCACCCACUGAUUGUCUCAGGGUUCCGUGCAUCAAUGAGAAUGAUCGAAAGUAUAGACGUUGGAAAGGUUUCCAGCCAUGACUUGUGGGCUGAGAUUUGCCCGUGCCCAACCGAUGCCCAGCUGGCAUUGCACGCAUUCGCAGACUCGUUUCAAUGCUCCCCCCCUGAAAGUGGCGCCCAUCAAAGGGCGUUCAGUAACGGUGAACCCAGCGAACCCCUCCUUAACCCCCAGCCGUGGGCCCCUCUGCAGGAUUCCGAGGUUUACUUGGCAUCGUUAGAACGUCGGCUACAGAAAGUUAAGGGACUGUCCCGUGAAGUUACCUCUAAGGACAUGCUGCGGUCGCUGAGCCAAGCUAAGCAGGAAUGUUGGGAUAGGUGCCUGCAGGAAUCCUUUCAGUCUGAGGCCUACAUAGGAGAUAACGACGUGGAUGACAGCACCCUGGAACAUUUGAAGCGUUGGCUGCAGCCAGAGAAAGUCGCCAUUAACGCAGAGGAGUUGCAGCUUCUCAUCCCAGCUACAUCUCCGUCAACAGCUGAAAACAAGGAAGGCUCAGACGAACAGAGAGAGCCGUGUACAGAGUAACAAGCUGUAGUUAUCAAAGGCCUUGCUAGGACAGGGGUUUUCAUUAUCUUGGUUUAGAUCAGAGAUGUGAUCUCUUCCCAGGCCUCGUCCUGUACACCCUUCCUUGGUCAUGUUAAAGGCAGGAGAUGACGGUCUUUGCUGCCACAAUGUCAUUAUCCACACUUCCACUGGGGGGUUUAAUAAUGGCUGUUUUCAGAUAAUUACAAUAUUAAUCAGUUAUUUUACAAGAAAAUCAUGUGGUAUCUGGCAAUCUCUGUGGCCUGAGAUGCUGGCUGAGGUGGUCUAACUCUUAGAUAUUUUUUUCCCAGCACACAUAUGAAGGAAUUUAACUAUGGUAUUUAUUUAUUUGCACGGGUGGAGUCCGGUUGCCAGUGUAUGACUUUAAAGGUGGCUCUGCAGGUUGCAAAUUACCAUUUCGUAUUUCAAGCAUCUUAAAAAAAUAUGCAAAAAUAACCAAUCCAAUAUAACAAAGAUAAGAAGACACCCAUACUUUUCAAUUUUCUGAAAUUGUACGAGGACACUUGGCUUACCAUAACCACUUCAGUUAUAAUAACUUCACUGCAGUGAUGUGGUUAUGGUGCAGUAAGCAUUCGAACAUUUUCUAUUGUCUUUACCUUAUAAAUACCGGUAAUCCCAGUGAAAUGUAGGGUAUUUUCAGGAGAGAAAAUUGAAUAUGUCUAAAUGAAAUUCAAUUUAACAUGAAAUCCGUGCCAGGUUUCCUUUCUUAAUAAAAAUCUUCUUUUUGUUUAUUUUUCAUUAUUUUCAAUGAUAAAACCCAUUCUUUCUAUAA